UCUGAUGCAAAGGUGAAGCCUUUAUCAUCACUUCACAUACCCACAUUCAUAUUCACAGUAACAAAGACUCCUUUUCCAUUUUCCUUCCUUUGGGUUGUGUUCUGUGUUAUUGGGUUGGAUUGUGUUGUGUGUUCCAUACAACUCCAACUAGUCAGAGAUUCUUGUCUGGGCUACAUUGCACUUUGCACCCCAAAAAGUGAAAGGAAGAGAGGCAUAAACACCCCAAAAAAUGGAGAGAGCUCUCACUAAAGUCAGCAGCUUGAAGGUGGGGUUGGGGAGUUCAUGGAUCUCCAAGAAGGCCAAGGAGGAGUUCUCUAACAUCUCUGAAGACAUCUCUAGUUUCUCAAAUACCGUUGAAGAAAAGGCGAAAUGGAUCUUCAACAAAUUAAAAGGUAAGCCACAGAAAAGCCUACCGGAUCUCCUCCGAGAUUACAAUUUGCCACCAGGUCUAUUUCCACAGAACAUAAUCUGUUAUGAGUUUGAUGAAACCAAGGGCAAGCUGAUUGUCUACUUGCCAUCAGCAUGUGAGGUCAGCUUCAAGGACUCCUCUGUGCUGCGAUACGCAACCCGAGUCAAAGGGGUUCUCACAAGGGGAAAGCUUUCGGCGAUAGAUGGAAUGAAAACAAAGGUUCUUGUGUGGGUUAAGGUGACAAAUGUGGCAGUUGAAGGUUACAAGUCUGAUAAGUUGUGGUUUACUGCUGGUGUAAAGAAGUCAAGGACAAAGGAUGCAUACGAUACACCUUGUGGUGCUGUCAGAGUAUCAGAAUUCUGAGUUCACAAAAUGUUGGUUAUUUAUGUCAUCACUAUCAUUGAUAUGGAAUAGAUAGUCUACGUUGUUGGAAAUGUUACACAAUAGCUGUAUAAGUUAGGAUCCUCUUCUCCAUAUUUAUCUAUUAAUAUUGGAUGCAUUCCUGUUCUGGUCAUUCAUCGACUCAUUGAACAUGAUUAAUUUGGCAAGCUCAAAUGGAACUCUGAUGAUGCUAUACAAGUUGAAACAAUGUAUUCUUUUGCCCCAUGGUUACAUGUAGAGGAUUAAUGAUUUGGAGGGUCUGUUUGGUGAACAGAGGUUUCAGAAGUAAGGUUUAAUUUUAAGCUAAAUGAUUAUUUUGGUUCUGUA